AGCCAGAAGGUCAUUUGGCAGAUUCCUUUCUCAACCUGUGGAUCUCAAUCUCAUACUCAUUCUUUCUUUGUCCUCCCAUACAUAACCACACAAACAAACCCUAAUUGCAUUUUCUUAUCCCAAUCUCUCUGCUCCCGCUUCGCUUCAUCACUCUUCUCAAGGUAUUUUACAAUCUCUCUCCCAUUCCUUUUCCCUAUAUUUCCUCCUCUUAAUUAGAUCUUUUAUUUUAUUUUUUCUUUUUUUCCCUUUUGAUCACAUCAAACUUCAAUCAUUCUUAUUUCCCCCUAAUUCCAUUGGAGGUUUUAGGAUUCCUCCCCCUCCCUUAAUUUGGAGAUCGAUUGUUGCUAGGCUUAGGGUUAACUUCAAGGUUCCCGAUUCGUUAUUUUUCUCGGCUUCGGUUUGGGAAUUUUGAAUUUGUUAAGUUCUGGGGUUUGAGCUUUCAACCCUUUUGAUUCAUAGAGUAGGAUCCUCUUUUUUUAUGGCAUUUGAAUGCCCUAAUGGUGCUGAGGUUUCUCAAAGUUUAGCACACUUUGUGGCAAAUCCAGGCAUAGGCAUAGUUGAAUCUAAUCUCCAGCUUUGUCCCAAAUCCUUCACUGAAGGAAUAGCAACCUCAAAAUUUGUGCCUGAUACCAAACCUGAAUCUGGGAAGGGUGUGAAGUUAAAGGGAGCAUCCAAGAUUAAUUCCAAGAAAGGCAUCAAAGCCCCUGUCAGUGCUUUGAACCAGUCCUCAAUACCUGGUGAUGUGGUUUUCAAUUGUGGUUUGUCCAUCACCGACCUUCCACCGGCAUUGAUAUCCGAGAUUCUCAAUUGCCUUGAUCCCAAGGAUCUUGGUGUUGUUUCGUGUGUCUCCCCGAUUUUACAAAGAGUUGCGUCCGAGCACCAUGCUUGGAAGCAAUUCUAUUGUGAAAGGUGGGGACUUCCGGCAGCUUCCUUGGCUGUGGGUUCAGGUGUUGUGGAUGAUGACAAGUCAUGGAGGGAACUUUUCGUGGAAAGGGAGUUUAGGAGUAAGACUUUUAUGGGACAAUAUAGUAUUGAUGUGCUGUAUGGACAUACUGAAGCAGUUCGGACUAUUUUCCUAUUGGCUUCUGCGAAGCUCAUAUUUACCUCUGGGUAUGACUCUGUGGUGAGAAUGUGGGACAUGGAGAAUGGGUUGUCAAUUGCAUCAUCACGACCCCUAGGCUGCACCAUCCGUGCCGUUGCUGCAGACAGAAAACUAUUGGUUGCUGGUGGUACUGGUGGAUUCAUUCAUUGUUGGAGGGCUGUUGAAGACCUGCCUCACUCAUUUGAAUUUAGAGCCACACAAAACCAAAAUACUGAGGUUCGACUCUGGGGACAUGAAGGUCCUAUAACUUCACUUGCUUUAGACUUGACAAGGAUUUACAGUGGUUCAUGGGACACGACUGUUAGAGUGUGGGACCGUCAUUCAAUGAAGUGUACUGCAGUGUUGAGGCACAGUGAUUGGGUCUGGGCACUUGUCCCUCAUGAUACUACUGUUGCCAGCACAUCAGGUUCAGAUGUGUAUGUUUGGGAUACUGAUAGUGGGACUUUGGUGACCAUUGUCCAUAAUGCUCAUGUUGGUAAUACUUAUGCUUUGGCACGGAGCCAUACAGGGGACUUCCUUUUUACUGGAGGUGAAGACGGUGCAAUUCACAUGUAUGAGAUUGUUAAUGAUGGCUAUGAGUCUAAAGCUUGGCAUGUUGCUGUUUGGGUUCCUCACUCGGCUGCUGUGUAUUCUCUUGCCUUUGAGUUUCCAUGGCUUGUUUCCGCAUCAAGUGAUGGCAAGCUGGCUCUAAUUGAUGUGAGAAAGCUGUUGAAGAUUAGCAAGCGAGCUCUGGGGAAGAGAGUCUCAAAGGUAAAGCAUUUGGGUGGAGACAUAGUAGAGCCUCCACAGAGGAUGUUGCACGGAUUUAAGAGCAAUCUUUUCUCUGUGGAUAUAGGAGCUGAACGAAUUGUCUGUGGAGGUGAAGAAGGUGUUGUCAGGAUCUGGAAUUUCACAGAAGCUUUGGAAAUUGAACGGAGAGCCCGUGCAUUAAGAGGAAUACGAUUAGACAACAGAAUGAGGCGACGGAAACUCCAGACAGAGCUGAGCAAUAAAAGUGGUCGGAGUGAUCAGUGUUCAGUUGCAGCGAAGAAGAAUGCUGUCACUUGUAUUUGGCCCAAACGUGAUUCAGGAUGUGCUUUUGUCUUGAUAGAAUGAAUGCAGGAGUGGGCUCAAUGAUUCUUGCUUCUGAGUUCUAUGAAACUAAUAGACGCACGGGAAGCUAUGGUAGUAAUACGGGAAGCUGGGGUAGUCAUAGAUAGUCGUUUAUGUUUGAUGAUGAUCUUAUUCUUAGAUAUGCUCGUUACUCUCCGAAUCAAUUUGUUCAGUCUAAUAUUUUCGAAGUUAAACUAUUUAUUUGGUCUAUAUAGUUGUCUAUCAAACUAAGUUUAGUCCAUACACUAGAAGACUAUAAGUUUUAUAUAUGUUAAGUCUUGGUUCCUAUUGCCAACACAAGAGAACGUUUUUUGACUAAAA